AAGUUUUAUCCUUUAAGGGAGUAAAGGGACAGACACACGAAAUUAGUUUUAUUUACAAGUAUAAAAUGUUGCGACUACUUGGACGAAAGUUAUUUUACAAAAAUCAAAAUUUGUUAAAUUUAUUUCGAUUUAGUUCGACUCAACAAAAUCAAUUACGCAACAAUGUUGUAGUUGAUGACGAAUUUCUUAGUAUUCAAUGGAAAGAUGGAAAUAUCGAUGAAUUUCCACAUAUUUAUCUUCGUGAAAAUUGCAGUAAAUACCAAAACCCAAUUACGAAAGGACGGAUAAUAUCUCCUUUGGAUUUAGAUAUGAAUGUUGUACCCAAACAUGUCUAUAUUGACUCGAAUGUGUUAAACGUGAUAUGGAACGAUGGUCACACCAGUUUAUUUACAACUGAAGAAUUGCAAUUAUUGAGGUACAAACCUCAGACUCGAGCCACCGAAGUUUUGGCAGACAAUGCAAAACUAUGGGGAGAUCUAACGUCGUUUAAAGAUAAUGCCAUUCCUGUUUUUGAUUUUCAACAGCUUAUAGAAGAUGAUUAUACUUUAUAUCAAUGGCUUGUAAAAAUAUCUUUCGAAACUGGUAUUGCAAAGAUAGAAAACAUUCCUGUUGAAAAACUACAACUACAGAAAUUAGGAAAUCGUGUUGGUUAUCUUAUGUCGACAAAUUAUGGUUCAAACUAUGACGUGAAAACACACAGUCAAGAUAUUGCCACAGAAAUUGGUUAUACAUCUGAUGACUUACAAUUACACACAGAUUAUGUUUUCACACAUCACCAACCUAUGAUUGGCAUGUUCCAUUGUUUACAACAUUCUUCAAAAGGAGGCGCAAAUCGCUGGUCUGAUGGUUUUUAUGCUGCUUACCGACUUUUCAAAGAAGAUCCCGAAUCAUUUUAUUUGCUUGCUGAAACGCCUGUAGCUUAUCGAAACAUCUGCCGAUCUGAAGUUGGUGAUUUUCAUACAACUUCACAGCAAAAAUGUAUAAGCCUUGAUUCGUUUGGUAAACUGUCUCAAGUUUGUUUCAACGACGAAUUUCGCGAUAGGAACAUGCCUUCGGAGCCAAAACAUAUGAAGGCGUUUUAUAAAGCUUAUAGACGUUUUACAGAAUUAUUGAAUGAUGACGAAUCAUCUUUUUGGUUUAAGAUAAAGUCUGGUGAAGCUAUGACUUUCAACAAUUUCCGUGUUCUUCAUGCAAGAAGUGCAUUCGAAAUUGAAAAAGACAGCAAGAGUAGAUGGUUACAACUUGCUUAUAUGAACUUAGAUUGUGUCCACUCAAAAAUACGAUUGCUUGCUGAAAAACAUGGCGUUUCAUCUCCAGUAUGAUGCGCAAACGAUAUGUCAGGUCAUCUACUUUACAGUAAAUGCAGGUAGAUUAAAUUUUACAACAUGAAUUUUCCUUUCAUAUACUAAGACAUGACGAUUUGUGAUGAUUAUUUUUUGAGAAUGCUAGAAUUUAGACGAUAUCUUGUCGGCCAGCCACUCAGAACUGGCCCCAUGCUUCCAAGGGCCCCAAAAGCAAGAUAAAAACAACAAUGUACUGAAGUAAAAAUAAGUGCAAGUAUAUAAAGAAUUUUUAAGAUUAUUUCUAUGUACGCUAGUUUAAGGUGUUAGUAUUAUCUUAUAGUUUUGAUUGACAUGAAACAUUAUCAUGUUAUAAGUAAACUCGUGCUUUUUGAGGUAUUAAAGUGAUUAUAUAUGUCUCGCAAA